UUGACAAUGUCAAUAUUUUAAUCAUAACGUUGAUAUUUUAUAUACGUUUCUUACUUCUUUUAUAGUAAUUUAAUAAAAUGCAGAGUUUGGAAAACGAUGAGAGUUCGGAUGAUCAGGAUCACCCACCUACACCAAACACACAUAAAACUAGAAGUCAACAUUCCGGUAUUAGCCGAAUAGACAAAAGUAAAAUAACUCGUCCUAAAAAGUUUAUACAAAGAAGAAAUGUUAAAGUUAAACCAAAGGCACCUCCUAUACAAAAGUAUUUCACGGAUGGCAGGAAUGUAACUGACCAAAAUAUUACAGAUUUAGACAAAACCAAACCAUAUAAAUUCCCAACAUCUUACGAAGAACUGGGUCAAAAAAUUAUGACCAAAGUAUGGAGAAGAGAUAUAGUGAAGCAGGAUUUAAAAGCGCCGAUUUUUAAAAAGCAAGGAAUGAGAGAGAAGCUGAAUAAUGAUCUUUUUAACAGGCUCUAUGUAAAAGUGCCCACUGCGGAAAAUACAAAGACCAUUGUCGAUCUUGACCCUCAAUUUUUUAAAGUUGUGGAAGGAAGGCCAAUUCACGAAUCGUUUAAUAGAAGAGAAUAUAUAGAUACUGUCAGAGAGUCGUUGCGGACAAAAAUUUUGAUUGGUUAUAGAGAAGACGACAUUGCUUUAAUUAACCAAAGUUUAGCAAACGAAGAGAAGCUAAUACAACAAAUCCAAGAGAACUACCAAAUAUAUGUAAAUGCGUUUGAGGAUCUUCUCUUUAGAGAUCAUAUGUCUGCUAAACAACUUCUUGCAGAGGCUGAGGCGAUAACAAAUGAAGCUUAUGAAAAAUAUGAGGAAUUUAAAAGACUGUCUAAAAAGUAUGGCUCAAUGAGAGCAGCUUUAUACGGGUCUGAAGAAAAAUGGCGUAACUGCAAGAUGUAUCAGAGUUUCUUAUACAAUAUUAGUCCACUACAAUGGAGAAAUGAACAUCCAGAACAAAAAUCUAAAUACAGCGAUAUUGAAGAACAUUUUGAAGAAAGUACGACAGCUUUAGCAGAAAAAACGGGGUCGUUAUCCGAAAUGAUAGAAUUUAUGAAAGAUGAAUGUGCGAAUGAGCCAUCACCAGAAAUCUAUUUUACUGAGCCAGAGCAAUUGAUCGACGUAUUCAGGUUUAUGGAAGUUCAAAACUUAAAUUAUCUGCUACAUGCUGAAGAAUUAGCAGUACCAUUGGCAAAUAUAAAAGAUGGUAUGCGAUUUGCCAAUAACCUAUUUGACAUGCAAAUAUCAGAGUUAGAACAAAGUAUUUCGGACUUGACAAGUGGCAUAGAGUGGGAAGAAAAUCGGGCAAAAGAACUGGAAAACUUGGCCCAAUCGUUAAUAAGCAAUGAUUUUAAGAAACUGAUUAUGGGUGAAGAGGUACUGAAUCUACACGUUUUUGUAGAAGAUGUAUAUGAAACAAGGAUUGGGCCCAACGAUGCAAAUAAUAGCAUGUUGGAAAUGAUGAAAUAUAUAGAAGAAAAAUACAGAUAUGAAGUGCUUAGUUUUGAUCUGGUACCGGCGGAACAAGUUGCUUUGCUUGAAGGUACCUGCUAUAAUGAGCAAAUGAAGAUUAUGAAACUAGCGGAAAAAGCAGCUAAACAAUAUACUGAACUAAAUACACUUACAAAACAACUCAGUAAGGCUUAUGCUCCUCCAUAUCAACGUGGACCAGGAAAACAACCUAGAAAUCGAUCUCAAGUUGUUGACCCACCAGUGAAGAUAACACCGCCACCCAGAGAUCUUACUGAAGAGGAGGAAGAAUACUUAGAAUACUUCACGGACUUCUGCAAGUACACUGAUGAUCCCCAAAAAUAUGGAAUUGAUCGAUCGAGAACUGGAAAGCAUGGCAUUCAUCCACAAGUUACGGAAAAUGAGAAAGUAAGUGCUCGACCUAAAAGUCGGGCAAAAUAUGUUACACGCAUGAAUGGAAUUGAGUUUUUGGAAAAAGUUAUUAUGACCAAUACUUAAAAAAUGUUAUUUAUAUGGAUGGAUUCGAUAAAAUAAAGAUAUAUACAAUA